UGUGCACACGCUUGUUUCUGCACGUUUUAUGUCUGAUUAUCACCCGCACCAGUAAACAUGUGCAGUUGUUCUAUGUGUAGUUUAUAAUAAUGUCGGGUAACGUCACACGGACUUCUUCCUUCCCGUGGCAACUGUUUAUAUUCGAACCUAUCAGCGGGGUUUGAAUGCAGCUGUGAUUCCAACGUCGUCAUUUUUAGUAAUUAGAUCGUCACUGCUACGUUAUUUCAUAAACAGGUGUUUCUGAGUAAUAGUUUGUCGGUUUUAUGUGACUCAAUUGUGGUAAACAAAACUUUUCGAGAAGGUCUUUGGAUAAGCAAAGGUCACAAUGGCGCCAUCUGUUGGUGGAAAAACUGCCAGAGCUUCGUUUUACUUUUGGACAGCAGAAAUUAGUGCAUUAUUCUGUCGAAGUCAGCUUAGUCUUAACAAUAAGUUAAAAAAAAAAAUCAAUGCUAUCAUCGUAUAACUCAUCAAAUUAAAAGAGCAGGUAAAGAUGAUCUCAUUAGAUGGUGAUUAACUCUGAAGUGACCAAACUUUGUUUUUCCUCUGUAAUAUCGAAGCAGCAGCAUACCAUUUCUAUUAGAGAACUGGGUCUCUCUUAGUGUCUGUAGCAGAAAUUGCAGAUCUUGUUUUAUCCUUCUUUGUUCCACUCCUCCAUGAAGCCAUGUAACUGUUGGUGGCUCAGACAAAAGCUGCACAAUUUCUCCAGUCACGGCCACAUCAGCCCGUAACUACCUCAGAGUUGUCUGGAUGUCUAUGUCGCUUCCUAGUCUUCUAGUAAAGGAAUAGUUGAUAGGUGAUCCGGAUUCCCCCCCCCCCCCCAUACACACACACACAUGCUUCAGUAUACAUGUGAAUUGCGGGGUAUUUGUAGAGUUUACAUUAUUGUCACUGAAUUAUUUUUAAUGUAAUAACCAUAAAUCUUUGAUGCAGAGUUACAGUGAGCUUAAAGUGUGAGUGGGGAAAAGCAACUUUGUGUUCACAUGAAUGAAGCUUCAGACAGUCUCUGCUGCCUAUAGACAGUGUAUACAGUGUGUGUGUUCGUGUGUGUGUGUGUGUGUGUGUGCGCGCGCGCGUGCGUGUGUGUGUGUAUGCAUAUAUUAUGCACAUCUGUGUCCAAGCAUGGAAAGAAUCAGUCCAAAAUAUCAGGAACUGAAGAAUGAGUGUAUACACAGCAUUUCCCCAUUUUCUCCAAAGAGGAAAUACAACAAAACAGACCUUAACAUAUAACAUUAAAUUCUGUUUCAUAAAGCUGUGGAUGUCUACAUCACCUGUUAAAAGGUUAAUGAUAAUAAUGUUAUGAUUAUUAUUAUCAUUGUUAUAUUAUUUUAUUAUAUUAUUUUCAAGUCCUGUGGAACAGGUUCACCUUUGGCAAAAGUCUUCUUUUUUCAGAGUGCCAUGCACACUCAGCUCAGUGACCUGAGGAUGAUGUGGAGAAACCCAAAGAUAUUGGAGCAACAUGUCAUUCCAGUGUUUGUGGUUUUUCUUUUGGUGAUUUUAAAAAUGAUCUGAUCUGUGACUAAAAUCUGUGAUAUGUUAUACCCCUAGCUGUUUGUAUUUCUUAAGGAUUAAGGUAAAUAAAGUCCAAGACAUCAGUGAUUUUCAUGAUUAAUCCCCUGACCUGUCUAAAGAAAACUGGUUAAAAAUGACUAUUUACUCAUGAUAUAUUUAAGGCAUCCAUAUAAUACAUAUGCACACCAUUCCUUUUGACUUUUACAGUUUUAUUUCAUAUAUGUCAUCUGAUAGAGAUUUGUUUUCACUGCAAGUUUAAAGGGCAUAAUUUUAGAAAUUUUAUUUUAAAGAAGCCUGGAUUCUUUUUCUUUUGCUAAAUAAAAUUGCGCACUCCAUGCUUUUAAUAUAUAGAUAUUCAUGUGUCUGGAAUCUCAGUCAAUGAGGUUGAAAGAUGUCUGGGUGGAUUGUCUGGAGUUGCAGAUGUCUUUGUCAAGGAUAAACGCUGCAAAAAUUGGAAGUUGAUAGGACAAAUAUUUUAGCAGAAAUUAGCAAUAAACAAUUGAUGUUGUGCUCCAAUGCACCAUGGGAGCUUAGGUUUUUUGGGGGAUUAAAAUGUUAUUGUGGUUCAUGUUAGUUUAACAGUGUUCCAUGUUAUUUGUACUUUGACCAAACAGUCCCCCAUCUAUACUGCAGCACUGUUAAGGAUCGACAUUAGAAAUUAUUAAAAAAAAAGAAGUACCUACUGUGGGUUCACAAGCAGUUGUCUUUAAAUUAUUUGUUUUAUCCAACCAGUAAUUUACAAUAAUGAUUAAUUGAAUUAACAGUAUUAGAAAGGUAGAAAAUCUUCACAUGACAUAUUUUCUUGUUAAAUGUCUUCACCACAAUUAUCUGGUAAUGGGCUAACCAGUUAAAUGAGUUGUUAUUACAGUAGGAAUGACAACAUUUUACAUGCGGUCAUACUUUCUGCUCUAACUUGCUGCAUUUUCUUUCCCAUAUGAGACAUUUUGUAAUGGAGGACUCUAUUGAGAUGAUUCUUCAAGACCAUGCCUGGGUUCUUCCUCCCAGGAAAGACCAUCCCGUGGUAACAGCCUGCACAGGUGCUCUACUCACUGGCCUCUACGGACUUUGGAGCCUCUUUGUCACGCCGGGCUUUCGCAAAGUCCCAUGCAGCCUCAAGCAACAAAUGUGGGAAAAGAACAAAGUGGUUCCUUAUUUGCCCUCCAGUAAAGAUCAGACACUCAACGUUAUGAAGCUCCUUGAGGGACGAAGAGGAUGCUUAGCAGAUCUGGGAUCAGGAGAUGGAAGGCUGGUGUUUGCUGCCUCGUCUGCUGGUUUUCAGUGCACCGGCUUUGAGAUCAACUCCAUUUUGCUCGCAUAUUCUAGGAGCAAGGCCUGGUGGACAGGAGUGCCCUCUAGCCAGGCAACAUUUGUGAACAAAGACUUCUGGAAGACUGACUUAUCGAUAUACAACAAUGUGACAGCUUUCCUUGCUCCAGGAGUGAUGGAGGUGCUGGCAAACAAGUUGUUCAAAGAGCUUCCUGAGGAUGCACGAGUUAUUGCUUGUCGGUUUCCUUUCCCAGAUUGGCCACACCAAUCAUCUGUAGGCUCCGGUCUCAAUCAGACCUGGGCUUAUGACAUCAGCACUGUGCGCUUCAUGAAAAUGAGGGUUGGGUUGAGGAACUGCCUGAACCAGCACCCAGUAGACAGGGUACAGUGGAGCAACCAGUGAUUUCUCUUUGGUUUUUUAUUUUUUUAUUCUUAAGUCUUCCAGCUGUGCUGCAAAAGAUGGACUAAGUAUGUCCCUUUUGGGCUUCUGUAUCAACAUGGCGGUACAAGAUAGCAGCCUCCAUGAGGUGGGCUCCUGCCAUGUUCCAAGAUAUGAAGAGCUCAUUCUAAGCUCCAGAAAACACACAGAUCCAUUGUUGCAGGUAAUAAAUACACCAAUAAAGACGUUGUUAUGAAUGCUGUAUUCAAUAUCUACUGGUAAACACCCCUAAAUCCUGCAUACUACAUAUCUUUCAAAUAAAUAUAUAUGUGUGACAUAUUGGGAUACUGAGGCUUUUUGGUCUUUGUGAUUUGACAAAAUGUUAAAUUUUCAAAUCAGCAAAACACAUGUAUAGUCAAAGCUCAAUUUUAGCCUCCUGUAUAGUGCUGUGCAAAAGUUUGAAGCAGUACAGUUUAGAUAAUAUAGUGGGAUAAUUUUUCCCUUCAUCUGUGGAUCAACAAAACAUACAGUGCAUUGAAAUUUACAACCUUUGUUAGUUAAAAUAAAAAUUAAAUGUGACAUUUUUUCAGAUUGUUUCACUGAAGAAAGUCAACAGAAAAAAAAAAAUUAAUGCACUGCGUGGUGUGUGACAAGAGCAUCAAGGGUUUGGUUGUCCGCCACCUUCAGUAAAGUCACAGACAUGCCUUUGAGCAAAAUCAGUCCAAACACGUUGCACAGUUGUUGGGAAUGUGUGUGAAAAUGAACAGGGUGUUCUUGGAGAGUGUGAAUAAAGACUUCCAAAACAGUUGACAUUUAUUCUGUAAUAAAAUGUUUAUGCAGUCGCCAGCAGUGUGAAGAUUUAAGUGUUAUGCUGACUUUGCACGUUUCAGCAACCAGAAUAGCAAGUCCAACAUGUGAAAGAAACUGGACAGUUUGAAGGUUAUACAGUUGGGUCCAUAGGUAUUUGGCCAGUUAUGCAAUUUUUGUAAUUUUUGCCUCUACACAACCACAAUGGAGUUGAAAUUAAAGAAACGUGCUUCUGGUUCAAACUAAGAUUUCAUUAAAUGGGUUAAACAAAAAUAACAAAUUAACCAUUUAGGGAUUACAGCCAUUUUUAAAUACA